AACCCACCCUCGAAAAUAAUGGAACCCCAAACCAAACCAAGAGAGAGAAAGUAAGACACAGGGUUUUAGAGAGAGAAAGUGAGUGAGCACCAUCAACAGCGAUAGAUGAUGGGUCAGAUCGUGCGUAGGAAGAAGAAGGGUCGUCCUUCCAAGGCAGAUCUAGCUCGCCGCUCCGCCAACGCCAACUCUCCGGCGACGACUGCACAGUCCACUCUCCGUCGCAGCCGCCGCCCGAGAAAUGUCAGGUACAACAUCGAUUACCUUGAUGAAGAGGAUGAGGAUGAGGAUGAGGAUGAGGAUGAUGAUGAGAGGGGGAGGGAGAAGAAGAAGCUCAAGCUGGUUGAGAAGCUGAACCAGGGGGUGGAGGAAGAGGAAGAAGAUGAGGAGGAUGAAGAGGAGCAAACGCCGCAUCCCACUCGCGGAAGGUCGCGUGUGGAGCACGCGCAAGAGGAGGAUGAAGAAGAAGAAAAUGGGGAGGAAGAAGAAGAGGAAGAGGAGGUUGUUGUUGAAGAUGAGCAAGGGAAUGAGGAUGAAGAUGAAGAAGAAGAAGGGGUUGUUGUUGUUGAGGUAAAGGGCAGAAAAGUGGAUUCUAAAGGGCUCCACUCUGGUUCAGGAACUCCUUCGAAGGUUGCUUAUGUGAUUCCAUUACCUGAUAAGAGGACCCUGGAAUUGAUCCUUGACAAACUUCAGAAGAAGGACACAUAUGGCGUGUAUGCGGAGCCAGUUGAUCCAGAAGAGCUCCCUGAUUAUCACGAUGUGAUUGAUCAUCCGAUGGAUUUUGCCACCGUGAGGAAGAAAUUGGCAAAUGGGUCUUAUUCUACCUUGGAGCAAUUUGAGAGUGACGUAUUUUUAAUUUGCUCAAAUGCAAUGCAAUACAAUGCACCAGAAACUAUAUACCACAAACAGGCACGAUCGAUACAAGAACUAGCAAGGAAAAAGUUUGAGAAGUUAAGGAUUGACUUUGAACGCUCUCAGAGUGAGCUGAAAUCUGAACAAAAAACAAGACCUAAUUCCUUGGUGAAGAAGCUAGCAAAGAAACCGCUGGGUCAUGCUUCACAGGAACCUGUUGGCUCUGAUUUCUCCUCAGGUGCAACUCUUGCUACUAUUGGAGAUGUGCAGCCGAUUUCCCAUGCAAUUCAAGGCAUCAUCUUUGAAAGACCUGGCAACAUUGAUGGCCUUGUGGAGGGGAAUGCUUUCUCAAUUGAUGUUAAUCAAGAGAAAGCAGACGACUUUUUAUCAGGGAGGGGUACUCUCUCCAAGUUGGGAAGGAAGUCAUCUGUACAAGACUUUGAACAUCGUGCUACUUACAAUAUGUCCAAUCUACCAGCCACCAGAUCUGAUUCAAUAUUUACGACAUUUGAGGGUGAAAUUAAGCAGCUAGUUACUGUCGGACUUCAAGCUGAAUAUUCCUAUGCCAGGAGUUUGGCUCGUUUUGCUGCUACUCUAGGACCAACAGCUUGGAGAGUUGCUUCCCAAAGGAUUCAGCAGGCACUGCCAUCUGGUUGUAAAUUUGGUCGUGGUUGGGUGGGAGAAUACGAACCGCUUCCAACCCCAGUAUUAAUGCUUCACAGACGUUUCCAGAAACAACCUAGUCUGGUAACAAAGUUCCAGUCUACUGAUUUAGGGAAGGAUGACAGAAAUCGUAAGAAUGUGGAAUCCAUCACACAACAUCCUGUUAACGAACGGAUGUUUGAUGGAAAACAGCCGUCAGUUCGUCCUGGAAGUGGGCUCACACCAGAAGGAAAACCAUCUUUAUUUGGUUCUGCUGGAAUAAGACCCAAUGCUUCUGUCAAUCACCUUCAUCAGCAACCCAAUGUCCAAACGCGGAACCAGGGCAAGCCUGAGAAUAAGGGUUUGAAGCAAGUCGAGUUGAACUCUUUACCCUCUAGUGAUCAAAACAAUGCCAGUCUAGUUGCAAAGCUUACAAGUAGUACUCCUCCGGCGGUGUCUAAGCCCCGAGAGAUUGUACCAUGUAGCUUGACACCGCCCAGAGAGAUGGUACCAAGUAGCGUGAAUAUUUCACCGUCUGUACCUUUCAAGCAGCCUGAUACUAAUGGAGUUGUUAGUGGAGAGUUGCCCAAUGGAAAAGUCAGGAAUAUUAACAUAAAUAGACGGAUGACCUGUCCAUCAUCGGAAAGUACAUCAAGCCAAACAGGCAGAGCUGCUCCCUUUGCUGCCCAUGGGCAAGAGCAGACUCUCAGCGAUCCGGUUCAGCUGAUGAGGAUGUUAGCUGAAAAGGCUCAAAAGCAACAGACUUCUAGUUCUUCUAAUCAUUCCCCUGCGGAUACUCCACCAGUAACACCAUCGGUUCCAUCAAGUCGUCGAGAAGACUCAGGCAAUGCUGCAGCGGCGGCUGCGCGUGCAUGGAUGUCUGUAGGGGCAGCAGGAUUUAAACAAGGACCUGACAAUUCUAGUUCUCCCAAGAACCAGAAUUCUGCAGAUUCAUUGUAUAACCCGGCUCGAGAGUUCCAUCAGCACAUGUCACGAAUUAGGGGCGAGUCAGAGUUCCAUCAGCACAUGUCACAAAUGCCUUUCCAGCCUGAGAAGAACAAUUUUCCAUUUCAGGCACUUGGACCCCAACCUAUCCACGGUCACACAGUUGGGGUUUCGCAGUUUCCGAACCGGCCUAUGGUUUUCCCUCAAGUGGCAGCUUCUGAUCUAUCAAGAUUUCAAAUGCAGCCGCCUUGGCGAGGUGUCCGACCUCAAAAUCAACCAAGACAGAAACAAGAAUCACUUCCUCCUGACUUGAACAUUGGUUUCCAUUCACCUGGGUCACCUGCUAAACAAUCGUCUGGUAUGCUGGUUGACUCUCAGCAACCAGAUCUGGCUUUGCAACUAUGACAUCGCACUCCAAAUGUUUCCACAAGAAUUUGACUGAUGGAAUUUCGACUCCUGUCAUCGGAUGUUGAUUUUGAUCCAAAAAGCCCUGCAUAAAGGAGGAAAAGUUGAGCAUUUUGUUACUGCUGGGUAAGAUUGUUAUCCUUUGGAUGCUUAUGUUGGGGACGUUAUGGCUUUUUAAGUAGGACUUGGCACAAGGUAAAUUGGAAUGACUAAUCAGCUUGCUUAUGAUGAGAAGACUUGGGUGGAUUUGGCAGAUAAUAACAUCACAACUUUCCAUCUUUUUCAGAUUAGGAUCACUGAGAAGCUGCAAGAGUGUGUUCUUUCCUGGAGUUGAAACCAUUGAAAAUGUCUAUUGAUUCCUGUUGAUGCCUUGUACAUUCGUUAGAAAUGGAUGAAAUUCAGUUGCCUAGAUAUUGAUUUGAUUAGUGCAUGUUUGGAAACUCUUCUACAAUUGAUUCUACGGUCAGAAUCAAUUCUGAGGAAAGCUUCUGUAAGUAGUGUCUGUGCUUUGGAAUUGAUUACGAUGAAUGAGAAGCUGAUCCAAACGUGUUGUUAGAUCAUUACUUAAUCUCAAUUGAUGGAAAGGCACCACCACUUCCUAGCUCUUAAUGAUGCUCUUAUUCUGUACAUGAGAUCUUUACAUUUUUUUUAAUUUUAUUCUUAGUCAUGCCCCUAAAGGGAAAAACUUUUGGCUUCA